AAAUCACGAAAAUCUGUAUCAUUUUGAUAAUUUUGUAUUCAAGUUAAAAGAUAAAGAMGUUUUAAAUUUCGAUUAUCAUGCUGAUUAAAUAAAAAAAAAUAUUAAAACCAGUUGUAUUCAUUUUUUAAUUUUAUUAUAGUUCUGCCGUUAACAAUUUAUUGAAUCAUGUCUCAAGAAACCGUUCAGAUUCUCAUUGACAUGGGAUUCCAGAAAGAAAAAGCUGAAAAGAGUGUUUCAAUGACAGGAAAUCAAGGUGUUGAACCUGCCAUGGAGUGGUUAUUGGCACACAAUGAUGAUAAAAUGGGACCAUCAACUUCUCAAGAAGGUUCUACUUCAAACACUAAGUCAGAAACAAAUACAUCAUCUUCAACAGUAGCUAAAUCAUAUAAAUGUGAAGACUGUAAAAAAUUGUUUACUGAUACUGCUGCACUAGAAUAUCAUGCUGUGAAAUCAAAUCAUAGUAAUUUCACAGAAUCGACAGAAGAAAAGAAACCAUUAACUGAAGAAGAAAAAAAAGAACAAAUGAAAAAAUUAGAAGAACGUUUAAAGGAAAAACGUAAGGAACGUGAAGCUAAAGAAAAAGAAGAAGAAUUAGAAAGAGAAAAAAUUCGAAUUCGCUCUGGAAAAGAAAUGGCUGCCGCUAAAAAGAAGCUUGAAGAUGAAAACAUAAAAAAAAUUAUGGAUGAAAGAAAACGUGAAAAACAAGAAGAAAAAAUUGCUCGUGAUCGAGUUAAAGCUCAAAUAGAAGCAGAUAAAUUAGCUAGAAAAAAAUUGUAUGGUCAAGCUUCCGCAGAAGAACAACCAAAACAAGUGUCACCAAUAGCUAUGAGUCCUCAAAAACAAACAAAGGAUUAUACAGAAACAAAAUUACAGAUUCGUCUAACAAAUGGUCAAACGAUUGUUCAAACAUUUAAUGUUAAAGAAAUGAUGGCUGCUGUGAGAGUUUAUAUUGAACUAAAUCGUUCUGAUGGUGAUGCUCCUUUCUGUCUCAUGACUAACUUUCCUAGAAAAGUAUUUACUAGUGAUGAUUAUGAAAAACCACUUGAUCAAUUAGGUUUGGUACCAAGUGCUGUUCUAAUAUUGACUAAACCACAACAAUAAAAUUAAUAAUUAUUAUUUUUGUAAUAUCUAUCUUCCAAAAUUUUAAUAAAUCAAGUUUUAAUUGUAAGCACUAUGGAACUGAUUGGUUAAUUGUUCAGUCAUGUAUAAUAAUGAUUAAAAAUAGUGUUUAAAACAUAUUAUCAUAAAGGUAAAU